UUAACUAAGAAUUGAAUUGAACAUUAAAACUCCAUAAAGUCAGUUAAUCAGUUACUAGAAAAUAAAUACGCACUGAUUUUUGAUCAAUUUUGUAAUUUAAUUUGCAAGAAUAUUGCUAUUUAUUGUUAAGAACUAGACUCAUAUUUAUUUUAUAUUAUUAGUACUAUUUUCUCUAAUAAAAGAACAAAAUGUCUCAGAAUCACUGUGCUGUACAAGGCUGUAAAAUGUCGAUAUUCAAUAAGCCAACUGGUGUUUUAUUUUAUCCUUGUCCAACAUCUAUUGAAAUGAAAAACAAAUGGCUUCAUGCUUUGAGAAACAGAUGUGCCCUUCUGGAUUGGUCAAGAAGUCGCAUUUGUUCCAAACAUUUUGAACAUAAAUACUUCGAUUCUCAAAAAAAACUAAAAGAUAAUGCUGUACCAACACUGUUUCCAGUUACUAGUAAAUUACAAAAGAAUCAUGAGAAUACACCAACUAAAAAUAAAAUUGACAGGAUUAUGAUUAAACUUACUCAAUCUGAACUUAUAGCUGAUAUAAAAAAUAACUUGAAAAGGGUAAAGGAACCAGCAAAUUUUGAUAAUUUAAUCACAGAAGAUUUAAGAUGUAGACCAGAUGCCUCGAUAGAAGCUCAACUUUGGCUUUUAAUUAAGAAGCAAGACCAUCUAAACAAUAGACUGUUAGAACACAUUGUUCAGAAUAAAAAACAUAUUGAGGUUUUACAAAAGAAUAUGGAUGAUUCGAAAUCUUCAAAGAAAGAUGUUGAUCAAAGUAUGGAGACGUAUAAAUAUAUUGUGAAAUGUCUUCAAGAAAAACUUGCAACUUUAGAGGAACAAAUAGAAAUUCUUACUGCUGUCGAAUCACGUUAGUUUGAGACUAGUCAAAAUAAACAAAACCCAAUUUCAUAAUUUUAAGACAAUAUAUAUUAAAAUGA